ACCCUGACAUCAUUCCGCUCUCCAGAUAGGCUGCAGCUGGGUUUUGUGAAGCGGGCUUUGUGGAGAGGCUGCGAGGGGGGGAAGAGAAGGGGGAGAGAAAGAAACGGCAGCCGAGGAGCCAGGCCAGGGAACAAAGCCGGAGCUAAGAGAAAGCCUCGCCUCGCCGGCCCCCCCCCCCAGCCGCCAGCACCCCCACCAUGACGGCCAACGGCACGGCGGCACCGCUGCAGAUCCAAUUCGGCCUGAUCAACUGCGGCAACAAGUACCUGACAGCCGAGGCUUUCGGCUUCAAGCUCAACGCCUCAGCACCCAGCCUGAAGAAGAAGCAGAUCUGGACGCUGGAGCAGGACGGCGAUGACUCAGGCGUGGUCUUCCUGCGCAGCCACCUGGGCCGCUACCUGGCGGCCGACCAGGAUGGCCAGGUGCGCUGCGAGGCAGAGGCACCGGCGGCCGAGUGCCGCUUCUGCAUUGUGGCGCAUGACGAUGGCCGCUGGUCACUGCAGUCCGAGGUGCACCGGCGUUUCUUUGGUGGCACCGAGGACCGAUUGUCAUGCUUCGCGCAGAGUGUCUCACCGGCUGAGAAGUGGAGCGUGCACUUGGCCAUGCACCCGCAGGUGACCCUCUUCAGCCUGGCCCGCAAGCGCUACGCCCGCCGCAGCCCUGCCGCCGACGAGCUGGCCGUGGACCGUGAUGUGCCCUGGGGUGUGGAUGCACUGGUCACCCUCCUCUUCCACCAGCAGCGCUACUGCCUGCAGACCUGCGACCACCGCUUCCUGCGCCAUGAUGGCCACCUGGUUGAACGGCCCGAGCCCGGCACAGGCUACACGCUCGACUUCCGUGGCGGACGCGUGGCCUUCCGCGACUGCCAGGGCCGCUACCUCACCCCCUCAGGUCCCAGUGGCACCCUCAAGGCCGGCCGCAGUGCCAAGGUGGCCAAGGAUGAGCUCUUCGUCCUCGAGCAGAGCUGCCCCCGACGAAACGAGCAGGCGAGCGAGCGAUGGAGUGCCGCGGAGUUGAUCUGCUCCGCUUGUGGGCCGCCCUUCCCCAACACGCCCCAGGUGGUUGGCAAUUAUGCCACCUUUUACAUGAUGGCACUGGACCACAGGGGGCCACCCCGGGACAGAAUGGGAGAUGAUUUCCUGAAAUGCUCUGAAUAUGGGCUGGCCGGCAUCGUGGGGGCAUCCUGCAACCCCAUGCAAGGGCAGCAAUGGCUCCAGCAGCUUUCUCCUCACCAGCUCUCCUCUUCCCUCCUUUUUGGCAUUCUCUCCUUUAUUCCCAGGCAGAGCUUUCCUCCAGCACCCCAAAUGACAGGCACGAGGCCCUGCCCCUUCCUGCACUCUGCCGUGGCUACCUGCUGUGGGGGCAGCAGCCCCUCCAAUCGCUUGCUGCCAGGGAUGGACCUAUCAGCCAAUCAGGAUGAGGAGAGCGAUCAAGAAACCUUCCAACUGGAAAUCAACAAAGAUACCAAGAAAUGCACCUUCAGGACCUAUACGGGAAAAUAUUGGACCCUCACUUCAAACGGUGGGGUGCAGUCUACUGCCUCAACUAAGAAUGCCAACUGUUACUUUGACAUCGAAUGGCACGACCGGCGUAUCACCCUGAAAGCAGCAAACGGCAAAUACGUCACAGCCAAGAAGAAUGGGCAGCUUGCUGCCAGCGUGGAAAUGCCCAGUGAGACGGAGUCCUUCCUAAUGAAACUGAUCAACCGGCCAAUCAUCGUCCUCCGGGGAGAGCAUGGCUUCAUUGGCUGCCGAAAGGUGACUGGCACCUUGGAUUCGAAUCGCUCCUCCUAUGAUGUCUUUCACCUGGAAUUCAACGAUGGUGCCUACAAUAUCAAAGAUUCCACCGGGAAAUACUGGAUGGUUGGCAACGAGUCCUCCGUCACCAGCAGCAGCGACGUGCCUGUGGACUUCUUCUUCGAGUUCUGCGACUACAACAAGGUGGCCAUCAAGGUGAACGACAAGUACCUGAAGGGCGACCACGCCGGGGUCCUCAAGGCUUCGGCCGACUCCAUCGACUCCUCAACCCUUUGGGAGUAUUAAGUGCACUUUAGCGUCCUCCCGACCUUUUCCUCCACCCCCUUCCCUUUCAGUUGCCAAUUUCGGGUGUCUCUUUUUUAUGUUCUGGUGUCUUUCUUUUUGUUUUUCCUUUUUUUAAAAGGGGGGGGUUAACUUCACACCAGCCUGCUGCUUCUCUCCUGCCGUAGAAUCAUUAGAUGGGUCUUCUGUAAAACUGGAAAAUAACCUGGGGGAAAAACUGAUGGGCUCUCUCUAUAGACUCUGGGGUUUCGGUUUGUAAAGGUUAGAUACCAAACCCCCACUUUGUCUUGGCAUCUCUGCAGGAACUUGAUUUCUGGCAUUCUUUAAAAAAAAAAAGGGAAUGAAAACUGCCUCUGUGCCGUACACCAGUACCAGCCUCCUCUACUCCUACUCUGCAUUUUUAUACUAUGCAGUGCCCCACCCAUCAGAGGGGCAUGAAGUCCACACUUGGGACACUUCUUAGGAAGUUGUCAGUUUUCAGUGUCUGCUGAUUCUGCCACACGUGCAGGAAAAAUGAAGAGUCCUGCUUCGACCAGAUUCCUUUCUGGGGUAGUGUCUGUGGGGGUUGGAUUACUUGUACCCCCCCCCCCCCCCGCCCACUUUGCUGGCUUUUGAUGCUCAGUUAAACACCUUCUGUCUCUCUUCAUGGCAGAGCAGAUGGUGGUGAGGGUUUUUGCUGUCCUAUGGAGUAGGUGGUGAUAGAAAGUUGUUUGGUGGGGGAAAUGGGGGCUAGAAACUUUAUCCCCCCCCCCCCGCAAGAAAAAAACGUUUGUUCCAGGGAACUGCUUUUGGAGGACCAGAAGUUUGGAGGAGCUGAGGCUGUUCAUCUCCUAGGAAAUGGCUCUUGUUCACCUGUUGCUGUGAGCUCUUUCCCCCUCCCUCUUUAUGCUUCUAAGUGCCCAAAGAGCCUCUUGGAGCGGCUCUUAAAAGUCCUGACAACUGCACUGAAGCUUUUCGACACUGCCUUACUGUUCCUGCCUUCCCAGAAGGUGCAAACAGUUAGACUCCUUCCUCCCUUUCCUCCUUUGGUUCGAUAUCGUAGAGGGAACUUGGCAACCUGAAGCCAUCGCCGAUUAGUAUAUCAUAGACAUCAAACUGCACGUUGUUGGCAUCUUUCCUUCUUUCCCCUGUGGGGGUAAAAAUCUCAGCUUCUCUCCUCUGCCGCUGCUAAAAAAAGGCGCCUUGUGCCAGAGGCAUUAGAAUUCAGUUUGGCCAUUGAAGAUUGUCUCGAUUAUUACGGAGAGACGCUGGCUUCAUUCUGCCCUCUGUGGAAGUGACCUCAUUUCUCGCUAGUUGGGCUCAGAAGUUCCCGUGUGCCUCCAAGAAUGGCUGCAUCUCAGAUUUUUUGUGCUGGUGCGUGAGCUGAAACGGCUUUUGAGGAGGAGAGGACGAGCCCUAGGAAAGAGGUGGAAAGGGGUGGGUGGGUGAAAUAAGCCAUGCUCUGUGUUCAAAUCCUCCUCUUCUUCCCCCUCGUGUUUGUUGUUUUUUUUUGAUCAUGCCCUGGCCAGUGGCUGAGAAGCGUUUUGCUAACCUCAGUUGACGGAACAGAAAGCUUUUUGAAUUAGCAAUGUUUGCACAGUAGUGUGUGUGCCCAUUCACAGUGACGCAACUUCUUUCUAGAAUUUCUCUCCGCUCGACCAUGUUCGCGGGAUUGUUGUAUUUGUGGCCAUCAUUUUUCUGGCUUGCAUUUCUCCUUUGCUGCCCCUCCCCGUCCACACAUCAGUGGUCUUCUAGGAGGACUCUCAAAGCUGCUGUUAAGUACUUUUCACCCUGGCAGGUCACUGCAUGAUCUUACUCUUUGGUGGUGAAGCUUCUCAAAACAGAUGACCAAAACAGUGUUGUUGUUUUUUCCAAGACCUACCUAUAUAAGCUCUUCCCAGAACUAUCCUCCACUUGUAAUUAGUUUGCAGUACCAUAUGAUCCAUGCGGACUUGUGUCGAGUGUGGCUUUAGUGUUCAGAAUAUCUGCAAAAAGUUGUGUGGAUGUGUACUUACGAACACAAAUGCACCCUCUUCUCCGAGGCCUUCUUGGGGGGUUAUCUGCGUUCCCUUAAGCUGACUUUUGGUGACUUACCCGUCAGCAAUCUCUUGCUCAACUUGCCUCCGUCUCAACAUGCAUUGUUGCGAGGGGAAUUGCAGAGGAAAAAAAGGUGCUCUUAUCAUGAAGAACAUAUCACGAAGUCACUCCACCGCACCUUGCCUUGCGAAGCACAAAAAUCAUGCAAAACCCUGCUUGGGCCGCUGCCUCUGUAGAAGAGGAAGGGGCCCGUCCUUACAACUGCAGGAGGGAGGAUUUAAUGAAUUUUUUAAAAAAAAAAACACCCCACUCUGCCAUUUUAAGGGGGUUCACUCCGUUUGAUGCUCGGUGCUAAGCUUUUGUAAGCGACUGGAAUUAUUUGCCUUUUGAGUAAAAGGUGAGCCGGUCUGGGGAAAACUGGAACAUGGGGUUAACCUGGAACUUUGAGACGUUUGGAGGAGAGCGUUCUCUCAAAGGAAAUACAGCUUUAGGAACAAAGAUGGCUGCUGGAAGACCCGAGGGUCAUGUGCUCGGUACACACUAGCCUUCACAUCUCUCUCCCCCUCCCCUCUGGAUCUCGCCCUCCCAGCUGCCAUUUCGAAUCAUGUAACACGCCGGCUUCUCCCGUGUGGCAAUUCAAGCCUCAGGUUCUCUACCCCCCCUUCUUCCUUGGCUGUUGUGGUUCUGCAAAGCAUCUCACACUCUGGUAUAUUUUGUUUAACAGUUUUUUUUCCUGUUUUCGACAUUCUUUUUUGUAAGUGCCAUUUGUAUAACAAACUUCAAAUGGAGAGAGAAAAAGUGACAAAAGAAUAAAUAAAAAAAACCCUGCAUUCAGAUAAGAAACAAAAA